AUGUCCGGCUUCGGGAUUCCUGGACUGCUCGAGCAGUGGAAGUCCAGCUGGCUUGAUCCAGCCCUGGACUACAUUGAAGGAAACAAGCCGAAAACAGAUUCACAUCUCAACGAGGCAAGCAAUGAGUACUUUGAGGAAGAGAUUAAGGCUUCAACCAGAAACUUCGAUUCGAGCUGCUUGCUGGGCUCUGGGACCUUCGGCAGCGUAUACCGUGGAACUAUGAGAGAUGGGACGGAAGUUGCCAUCAAGGUCCUGCAAGUGCCAGAGGAGGCAGGCUUCGAGGAGGAGAUUAAGAUGGGUGCAGCCGCUGCCUCAGAGGCAGCGACAUCUUCAGCGACAUCUUCCGCGUCUUUUCGCGAGCGAGCCGAUGUGGCCGAUUUGCAGAAGCAGCUGCUGCAAGAGCGCAUGGGAAAAUCCCCAAAUGGACUCCCAAUAGCAGGGCUCCCAAGAAACAACUCCUGGGACGGCUCGGGGGACCGCGUGAGCAUGAGCCCAGAGCUGGCAGAGUCCCGGAGACUGCGAGAGCCAGGAGGCUUCCGACGAGGCUUCUUGCAAACGCAGGCCAGAAACCAAGGAGUGCAAGAACAGGAUCUGCCACAAAGCUGGACAACCAGCUUCCAAGUUGAAACUCACGUCUACGGGCUCAACCUAAGUGACGACGAAGAUGUCCAGAUUGUGCAGCCUGCUACACGGGGAGCAAGCAAUCUGAACAUUGCCUUCCUGAUCUUCAAGGGCAAUUGCGGCUGUGCCAUUCUGUACAUGCCUCGUGGCUGGAUGAAUGGAGGUCUCGUUUUUGCUUCCAUCCUGGUGCCGUUCAUUGGGAUGACUUCCAUCUGGUGUGCGCUCUUGUUGCUCAAGGCACGCCUGACAACAGAGAACCAUGCAGGAUAUGGCGAUUUGAUGAACAAUGCCCUGGGGCCUCGUGGGCGGGCGGCUGCCAACCUCUUUAUUGUCCUCUUGCAGCUGGGGACCUGCUGCACCUACUUCAUCGUCGCCUCCACGCUGCUGCAGAUCACGCUUCUCCCGAAGGUGUCCUUAAACCUUCUGAUUGCUUGCAUGGCUGUUUUCAUGGUGCCGUUAGUGGCGGUGCGAAAGGUGGCCUCGCUUUGGCCUCUAAGCCUGGUGGGCACUGCCUUGGUCGUCAUCGGGGCCUUGAUCGUCGUGGGCAUGGAGGUAGAGUCAGCGGCAACGGAGUCCAAAGAGCUGGCUCUGCUGAAUUGGAAUGGCCUGCUGGUCUGCGUUGGCCAGGCCUGCUUCAUGUUCGAAGGCAUCGGCCUCAUCUUGCCGACGUAUGACGCCAGCAGGAAGCCGGAAGACUUCCCCUGGAUAUACGUCCUGGUUCAAUCCGGAACUCUUGCAGUCGUCUGCAGCAUUGGACUGCUUGGCUACAUGGCCUUUGGCGACGACGUGGCGGCUCUAAUACUGCUGAAUUUCCCAAAGUGUAUUGCAGUAUCCCUGGUCCGGUUUGCAUUUAUGGUGCAAGUUUGGUGUUCCUUUCCGCUGCAGUUCCUUCCAGGAACCCGGCUGUUGGAGACCUUUUUCUUCACGCCCGUAUCUGACCCUCCGCUGAUGAGAAAAGCAGCAAAGACGGCCUUCCGGGCACUUGUGGUGGUUCUCCUUGCUGGGAUCUCUGUUUUGGGUGCGAGCAAGCUGGACAACUUUGUUAGCCUGAUUGGUGCUCUUUGUGGUGUGCCACUGGCUUUCAUAUUUCCCGCGAUUGCACACUACGCGCUUGUGAAAGAGUGCCGUUGUUUGGACAUUGUGCUUGUGGUCUUUGGGGUAACUCUGACCAUCCUCGUUACCGGGGUGAACAUCAUGGCCUUUUUCUAG